UGUGAUGACGGCUAGAACGGCAGCAAGUGUUGUGAUGCGUAGGUGGGAGGACGUCCCGGUAUCGUGUAUGCUGGAGGACGAGUUUUACAGUUUAGAUGAUUAAGGAAGUCUGAAUCGCUUUCCACGGGAAACCGGGUCCGUCGGUUGCUGCUGCUGUAAAUGCUUCCAUUGCUUGCAUGCUGCCUUUUCCAUUGGACCGCCACUUAGCCUUUUUGGUCGCUAUGUAUCUCUCUGAGGGGAUGUGCUAGGAGAGUAUCGGAAUCCGAUGGAAAAAUCGUUUGAUGACAGAUCUAUGGGGUGAUUUGCGGUUGUUGAAGAAUGUUUGUUCCCAGAUCUCUUAAAGUCAAGAGGAAUGCUGUUGAUGAUGAGUGCUGUGUAGCUAAGAAAAACAAAUCCUCCCACAAUGAAUCUGCAUCUGAAAAGGCUACAGAACUCAGAGAUUCCAAGUCUGACAUAAAAGAUGUAGCAACUGUUGAGACUGAUUCAUUGAAAUCAAUAGAAGGACACACUGUCCCACAGAUAUUUUUAGAUUCAGCUCUGGACCUUACUGAAUCAGAGUUAAAAAACAAUGAGGACCAUUGUGUUACAGAAGAACCCAUAAAAUCUUUCAGUAAAACUCAGCGCUGGCCACAAUCUGGAGAACCUGUAUGUGUGGUCUGUGGUCGGUAUGGGGAGUACAUCUGUGACACGACUGAUAAAGAUGUCUGUAGCUUGGAAUGUAAAGCCAAGCACCUUUUACAAGUCAAAGGGGAGGAGGAAAGCUCAAAACCUACUAAGAGUGAAAAAGCCAACUCUCAGCCUGCCUUCCUUGAUGCUGCUUAUAUGUAUGAAGAAAAUGAAUUUCUGUUAAGCCUUCGGGAUGAGCAGAUUGAAAGUUUAAAACAGCAGCUGGGCAUAGAUGUUCAAGGGCAAGGAGUUGCAAGACCAAUUGUUGAGUUUGAACAUUGUGGCUUCCCAGAAAUUCUCAACAGCAAUUUGAAAAAAGCAGGCUAUGAAGUCCCAACCCCUGUCCAGAUGCAGAUGAUUCCAGUUGGGUUGCAGGGCAGGGAUGUUGUGGCAACUGCUGACACAGGCUCAGGAAAAACUGCAGCUUUCUUGCUUCCUGUUAUAAUUAAAGCUUCAGAAGAGACAAACACUCUAUCCGCUCUUAUUCUGACACCAACAAGAGAAUUAGCUAUACAGAUAGAGAAGCAAGCUAAAGAGCUCAUGAUUGGUCUACCAAAUAUGAGGACCGUUCUGCUGGUUGGAGGAUUGCCUUUACCACCCCAGCUUCAUCGCCUGAAGCAGAAUGUGAAGGUGAUCAUAGCAACACCUGGACGGCUCCGAGAAAUUCUAAAGCAAUCCUCUAUUCAACUUCACAAUAUUAAAAUUGUAGUCGUUGAUGAGGUUGAUACCAUGCUAAAGAUGGGCUUCCAGCAGCAAGUGUUAGAAAUUUUGGAAAAUAUUCCCAAUGAUCAUCAAACCAUUUUGGUGUCAGCCACAAUGCCUUUGAGCAUCGAACAGCUGGCAAACCAGCUUUUGCAAAAUCCAGUGAAAAUAACAGUUGGGGAAAAGAAUCUGCCAUGUUCCAAUGUUCGCCAGAUUAUUUUGUGGAUAGAAGAGCCUUCCAAAAAGAAAAAGCUUUUUGAAAUAUUAAAUGAUAAAAAACUCUUUAAGCCUCCAGUAUUGGUAUUUGUGGAAUGUAAGUUGGGUGCUGACCUUCUGAGUAGUGCUGUUCAUAAAAUCACAGGUUUACAGUCAACAUCCAUGCAUGCUGAGAAAUCACAGUCAGAAAGAACUGCAAUAUUACAGGGAUUAUUGCAAGGGAAAUAUGAAGUUGUAGUAAGCACUGGAGUCCUUGGGCGUGGACUCGACCUUGUCAAUAUUAAAUUGGUUGUGAAUUUUGACAUGCCAUCUAGCAUGGAUGAAUAUGUACACCAGGUUGGAAGAGCUGGUCGGCUGGGUCACAGUGGAACUGCAAUUACAUUUAUUAAUAAUAACAGCAAGAAACUUUUCUGGGAUGUGGUAAAGCGAGUUAAACCAACUGGCACUAUUCUUCCACCCCAGUUACUAAAUUCUCCAUAUUUACAUGACCAAAAGCGGAAAGAACAGCAGAGGAGCAAAGAAUCUCAGAAUGAUCUUGUAACUGGGGAUAAUCUUAUGGACAUUAUUAGGAAACAUGAUAAAAGUACUUCUCAAAAGUAACAAGCUAUACUCAAAAAUAUAACCAUUUUAUGUUAACUUGUUUUAUAUGCAAAAUUUUAAUCCAUUUCUAUGGAUGUGCUUCAAUAAAAAACAAGCAUUUUGUAGCCCUAUUCAAAUGAGAGAGCUAAGCAAGGUGUUAAUUUUUUUUUCAUUUAAACUGAUGCUUAAUCUUGGUUAGAUUGUAUUUUACAUCUGAUAGUUUAUAUGUCUCCAUUCUUAUAAGAUAUCAAAAGUGCCAUUUUAGUAAGAGAACGGUUUUGUUAGGUUGAGAUAGUGAUUUAUUCUGAGUCAUUUUAUAUUUCAUUAAGGGCUUAGACCUCAGGUUAAAUGGCAAAAUAAUAUGUUUUUUCACUGGCUGAUUUUAUUGCAGUAUGUGUAGAGAAGCAGAGAUCAGGAAAUCUCAUUCACUGUUACCAGAUAUUACAGCAUUCCACAAAUACAAUUAUUUAGUCGGGAUUAACUUUUUAGUUUUGGCAACCAAAAUCCCGCAUCCUGUUAAAUCUCAGAGGUAGAGGUGGUUUUUGAACAGACAUUAUCUAAUUUACGAUGUGCCUGAUGAACUGAGAUGCUUUGAGUGUGCAAAAUAAGCAGUUGCUUCUGCAUUUGUUUCUUGAAGUGGCUGGUUUUAGAACAUGGAAAAGCAAAAGAAUAUAAGAAGAUGGAGGAGUGACUGAAGUAUAGAUUAAAAACAAUAAGGCUCUGCCAGACUUGAACUUAAAUUAAAAGGUAAAUUUAAGUUCAAAUUCAAAAGAUGUUGAGACAGGCAAUGGGUCAAGUACUUCUGAAAGGUAGUAUUUGUUCAGUUGUAUCUGUAAGCAGGGAUUAAGGGGGAGGCAGAUUGUAGGUGGGGAUUAAUCUUUUUUUCUUACAUGUGAUUAUUUCCAGUCCCGGUUCAGACUGAGUUAAUUGGGUGCAUAGAUUCAACUCACACAUUUCAGAUUCUUUGUCUGGACAGGAAGGGCCUCGAGACAAAAUUGAAAAAGGACAAAAAGAUCAUGUGAUUCUGAGCCAACUAUUCCUUACCCCUGUCUGAGUCUGGGAUGGCUACAAAGUCACACUAGUAGUCAAAAAUCUCUGGAAUGAGUAAUUGCACCUUUUGGUUUUCUGGUUUUGAAAUAAAAAAUGUAAAGAUUAUUGGCUA